GUUUAUCUCUGUUUUGAGAACAUUUCGAAAUGGCAAAAGAAUCUCGAGCAAAAGAGGACAGCUCACAGUUUAUGCUUCCAGUAUUUACAGCGACGAUGGAAAUACCCUUUAUGCAUCAGGUAUUAUAGACGACGAUACGACUAGUACACUUUAUGCCUCAAGUAUAUAUAGUACGCGGUUGAAUGAUAAACCCUCUUUGUCCGUAGACAUUUGCAGCAGCUGCGGACUGUUGUGGUGGAUUUGGCUGCACCUUUUGUGCUUGCUUACUAGUUUUUUAUCAAACAGCGCAAUUACAAAAAUAAAAAUGCAGGAAAACAUUUUUUUUAUUCUUUUUCCAUUUUUCAUUUAACCAUGUCAAGCUCAAUAAUAGCAAUGGCUAGUCGUCAAAGCCUUAGACUUUCUAAAAAGACUCCUGUUCAAUACAAGGAACCGAAAAUACCAUUGAAAAAAACUAAAAAAAAUCUCGUUCAAAAGCCUACAGCUGUCACUAAAAAGGUUACUACCAGAAAGGUCACUACGAAAAAGUUGAAAGAGGUAAAGCAUGAAUUAUCAAUCCAUAAUUUUGAUAUGUUGGAUGGAACACAUUUGGAGGAUGCUGUUAAACACAUGCAAAAACAUGACCCGAAACUUGCAGUUCAUUUGGAUGAGGCCGCAGUUACAGCCUUUCGUGAGAGAAUGGGCAGAGUAGACGGUUCUAAUCCAUUUAUUUCGUUAACAAGAGCUAUUGUGUAUCAACAAAUUCACGGCAAAGCAGCAGCUUCAAUCUAUGCUCGUUUUUUGAAUCUUUUUGAAACAGUUCCUACACCUGCUGAUGUACUCAAGAAAAGUACAGAGGAAUUAAAAUCGGCCGGAUUAUCUGGCAGAAAGGUGGAAUACAUCCAAAAUCUUGCAGCACAUUUUGAAGAUGGUUCAAUAACACCCGAGAAAUUUAGUGAAAUGUCGGAUCAAGAAAUUUCCAAUCAACUAUGCGCUGUUAAAGGAAUAGGACAGUGGACUGUUGAUAUGUUUUUAAUGCUGGAUUUGCAUCAUCCAGACGUACUUCCUCUAGGUGACUUGGCUGUUCGAAAAGGUGUAGCCAAACAUUUUGGAUUAACUUUACCCACCGAUAAAAAAAAGAUUUUUCCAUCUGCAGAUACAAUGAUGGAGCUUACGGAACUUUGGAAGCCUUAUCGUAGCUUAGGAUCUUGGCUCAUGUGGCGUACCUCAAACACAGUGAUCACUGGUGAUAAGGAACAAAAAUAGAAAAUAAAGAAAAAUAAAAAGUUUAUUGUCUCUUUGAUGUAAAACUA